CAUCAUGUCGGACGACGCACGACUUAUGGCUCGCUACGUGCGACCCAUUUACGAGGCCAUCGACAAUCGCCAAUACAAAAAUGCCAUCAAGCUAUGCGCACACAAGCGUGUGGCACAACUGGACAUUGUACAAGUGCUCAAGGCGCACUGUCUGGAGCGCACGGGCCGCACUGAGAAGGCGCUGGACAUCUGCCGCCGUAUCCAGCUCAAGCAGCCCACGGACGUGACGCUGCUGAACACCAUGAACCUCGUCUUUAAGUUGGGUGGCUGUGAUUACGAGAUACUGCCAACUUUCGAGCAUGCUUGCACUGUAAGCAAUCCUCCCAACGAGGAGCUCUUCCAGUCGCUGUUCGUGGCCUACGCACGCCGCGGUGCCUUCCUCAAACAGCAGCAGACGGCGCUAAAAAUGCUCAAAGCUUUCGGCAACAUAAAGUACGUGUGCUGGGCGGCGCUAAGCAUGAUGCUGCAGGUGGAACAUGGCGGAACUCCGACACGUAUGCUGGCUUUGGCUGAAAAGAUGCUGCUGAAGACGCUGCGAGAGUCCAAAUCGGACGACGGUGAGGCGCUGCAAUUGACGGUGCUCAUCAUGCAGUUGCAGGACAACCACCAGGGCGCGCUAGAAGCCUUUGACAAGUUUGUCAAGGUGGACGACGGAAAGAAGAAGAAGAAGGUGAAGCUGGGACGUGCUGCUGAAGGUGAAGGAGCAUACGACGAAGAGAUCGAACUGGGACCCAUGCAGGGGAUUGACAGGCUGUCGCUGGAGGCGACGCUGGCGAAGAAUGUGACGAGCUGGACGCGCUGUGCAGCAGUGAACCGGAAGCUUCUGGAGGAGUACAACGCUGAUGAUUGGACAUUUUUGAAAGAGUACAUCGCUGCUCGAUUCGAAGAUAAGGUGGGCUGUACCACGGAGGAAUUGCUGGCACUUGGGCAGGAUAUUACCGAGUUUUUGAGGGAUCUGGAGGCUCGUUCGGGCAAUGAACGCAUUCGAGGCCCCGCUCUCGCUCGCAUCCACGUCAGUAGCGAGACCUUGCGUCGCUUAAUGACCGAGGAUGCAGCUGUAUCGCAAGUGGAGACGAAGCUGCAAGGGAAUAUCGUUGCCUACGCGAAUCGAUUUUACUCCAAGGCGUGCUGUUUUACUGACUUGAAGCAGUACUUUACUCUCUACCUGGAGGAGAAGACGCCAGUGUCAGCAGCUGCAAAAUCCAAUCUGACCCAGCACUUUAUCAAACUAUCGGAGGAAUCUGCGGGCUUGCUAAAGCACAAGCCGACGGGUGAGGACGUCGAUGAAGAGGCUCGUAAAGCUGGACAGGGGAACCUUAGUAAGCGUCUGCUUGCGCUGAAGACACUGCGGUUCUUGGGCUACUACGAGAAGUUCUCAGUUGGCGAUUUGGACCACUUGGUGAAGGAGCUGGAAGAGGAGUACGAAGCUACGAACUGGCUCAACAUUGGAAGUGCCGGUGGCCAGCGUGAGGUGCAGCUGACGGACGACUUGCUGCUGCUCGCGACGCACUUUUUGCUCGACAUUUAUCAACGGUCCAGCGGACACCGAGAGUACAUGGAGCGUGCGGCAGGACUGCUGGAGUACGGACUGGAGAAGAGUGCAUACAACUUCCAAAUGAAGCUUCUCCUGUCUCGUGUGUACGGCUACUUGGGUGCUGCUGAGGCGAUGCUGAGUCGUCACGCAGAGUUAGAUGUCAAGUACGUGCAACUGGACUCGCUCUCGUUUCUGGUGCUGGAUAAAAUGCUCGAUCUCUGCCAAUACCCGCAAGCGAAGAAGCUACUAAACCGAAUUGGAGACCUGCAUCGCAGUACAGCGAGUGACACGCCGGAGUACAUCACCCGUGCGUACCGACUUGGAGUCUAUUCGAAGGUGGUGGACAUGUCUUCGUUCCUGCACAAACGGAUGAAGAGAUCGCAUACUCUGGCCAUCAGUAAGGGUGAGACGUUGCGCUUCGAGCUGCUAAGCUCUCUGAUUCUAGGACCCGCGAAACUUUACGAGCUGGUGACGUCUUCGACGUUCGACGCACAGAUCACGGGACUGGAGAAUAUGCUGACGUCGGACGGAGCAGAGCUGUCUCACAAUCAGCAUCGAGAAGUCGUUGUGGACUGGACGGCGCAGCAGCAGAUCCCGACUGGAGACUUGUUCGCUCAGGAUGAGGCUCCUCUUGUGGAGUGUGAUCGCUCAGCAAACACAGGAUCGUCGCUGCUGUGGCUGAAGCUCCGUGUACUGGUGCCAAAACUGCUCAAAGGGCUUGCUGGAGAUGACCACACGGCGUUGGUUGCUAUGACGAAGGAGUAUCGAGACAUCGUGGCUCAACUGCGUCUCAUGGGGUCGAGCUCUCGGGAGCUUCAGCUUCAUGAGAAGCUCUGGAAAUGGAGCGCAGAGGCUCUUGCCACGUCAGUAGACCUCCAGGACGAUUUUGCAGCGAUUGUAGAGCAGCUUCAGGCUGGAAUCAUGUUUACUUGUGCUGGCUCUAGUGCCAAUGGUGCAGUGGCAUUCUCGCCGUACGCAGUGUCGACGUUGUCGUCAUUGCUGCUAGACUCGGGGCUCUCGUCGCUCUGUGCGUUGGCUCUCGCUCAGCGCGCAUUGUCCAAGAAGAAGAGCAAGAAGAGCGAACAGCUGUCGGCUGCAACGUCAGCUCUGCGCAACCUUUUUAAACACAUGCAGGAGGCACUGGCAGCCUUGGAGACGAGCGUGGCUGAGCUCCAGUUCACGUCGAACAACACGUCGGCAACUGCGUCUUCCCCACGGGAGCAGGCUACGCAGAAGGCGCAUUCAAAUGUUGUCGCGUCUUACGAGUCACUUCAAACGCGACUGCUAAAGCUGCUGAGUGAGCGCGGUGCUAGUAUCCGUAGCAUUUUGCAGAAGUAG